UGCUCCUCGCGGACGAGGCGGUCUCGCCGUCAAACGCUCGAAUAUUCAGAAAAGAAGAGGGAGAGCGUAGAGCUCUGUUUGGGUUUUGUAACAACGUUUUGAACAUUAAAAAGUUAACUGCUGGUGUUUUAACUGUCAGGUACUGUAUCAGAGUUUGAACGGGCUGUGUAAAUAUAGACUGACACGUACGAGAAACGUAUGGGUGAAAUCAGCUACCGCAAAAAGACUCGCAAAAUACCGUAGAGUAGAUUUUAUAGAUCUGUUUUUAAUUUGAGUUGUAUGAUGAUGGGCUAGUUAAAAUAGAAAUACCGGAUUGUUAUCACGUUAUUGGCAGCUUUAUAAUUUCAAAAACAGCAAACUAAGGUAGACCCACCCCGAAUACUCCUCAAUCAGUUCAGAUGCGUCGUACAAACAGGGCCGUUUCCAGUCCGGAGAGUAUGCAGCGAUCAUCCAGGCUUAAGCGGGAGCUGCAGCUUCUUAUCACCGAGCCAGCUCCGGGGAUCUCCUGCUGGCAGAACGACGGCCGAGUCGACGACCUCCGGGCACAGAUAGUGGGAGGAGUGAGCACUCCCUAUGAAGGAGGGCUCUUCACACUGGAGAUCGUGCUGCCAGAGAGGUAUCCCUUUGAGCCCCCCAAAAUGCGCUUCCUGACCCCCAUCUACCACCCCAACAUCGACUCUGCCGGCAGAAUCUGUCUGGACGCUCUCAAGCUCCCUCCAAAGGGAGCUUGGAGGCCCUCUCUCAACAUCUCCACUGUUCUGACCUCAAUCCAGCUGCUGAUGGCAGAGCCUAAUCCAGACGACCCCCUGAUGGCAGAUAUUUCCUCCGAAUACAAAUACAACAAGCCGGUUUACCUGGAGAAGGCGAGGCAGUGGACUGAGAAGCAUGCGAUCCAGAGGAACCAGGGUUUGGGUGACCUAGACAAGAGCCCCUGUGAAGAUGAGCUGUCCAAGGGCCUGGCGGGGCCCCGGAAGAGAGGGGCUCUCGAUACAGGAGAGGAGGAGGAGGAGGUGAAGAAGACCUGCGUCUGAAUGGGAGGGUGAUCCUCUGUGCUUUAUCCUCUCAUCUCUUCCCUUCAGAUGCUCUCUGCACUCUCCUGUAUUGCUGUUUCUUUGUAGUACAAUGUUUGUAUUCUGUUUAUACUUAAAUGUGUUUUACCACGGUUAUGCUUAGAAGAAUAAAGCUAUAUUAGUUUGAGUUUUGUAAAACA